AUGGCCAGGCGGGGCAAAGUAAGCGGCUUUGUCCUGGACAAGGCCCUUUCUUCUCUUCUGAGUGAUGAAGGCGAUUUGCAAGCGCCUCGCCGCCAAGGGCCGGUCGGCGGUGGAACUGCCAAGAAGCCCGCAGCCAGCAAACCUGCGGCAGACAGCUUUUAUGCCGACAUGGAGAAAGCGCUCGAUGAUUUUGAUUUUGAUAGCAACGACCAAAGCGCUCUCUCUUCAGCCCCCACGAGUCCUGGCGCACACUGGACUCAGCCAGACGCCGAGGACCUGGAUGCCGAGCUAUUUGCUUCCAUUGGGGUGACACCUACCGCCAAGAAAGCCGCCGCACCCACAUCCAGUGGCGCCAAGCCCACCCCAUCGGGCACCAAUGGAGGCCGGGGUGCUGCGCGUGGCAAGGAUUCUUCUGAGUCUGCCCCUGCUCGCAACCACGUCUCGUUCCAAACUUCGGCCAAUCCCAAUUUGGGCAGAAACGAUGGUCCCGAUAGUGAGGGCCUCGAGCUUGAUGACAGUUGGGAUCUCUCUGAUGGUGCCGAUGCCAACGGACGCUCCGCCAGCAGCCGCAAUAGCGCCAAGCAACCGGUACCUGAUCCUCCUCGUGAUAUGUUAAAGAGCCAAGCCGAGACCAAAAAGGCUGGUAUUCAGCACCGUGCCCAGCUAGAUGAGGAUGACGAUGACGAUUGGGGUGCCGAUACGGGGCCAGUCGAAAUCCCCAGGCCUCGUGAAUCUUCGAGCGGCAUUGGGAUACAGCAGCCCCAACCCCGAUCUGCGGGCAAUGAUGUGCCUCCCAUCAGCCCUACGUGGGCGGCCGAAAGCACUGCUGCAACGCGAGCAGACUCGACGCUCGGUGCACGGACCGCCCGCGCUCCCCCAGCUGCCGACGUUCCUAGUGAAGCUCAGCGCAAUGAUCCCGCUCACCCACCGGCGCCCACGCCGCCUCUGGCUUCCCAAUCGCGUGGUGCCAGCGCGCUCGACUUCUUUGACUCAUUUGGCUCGUCCAAGCCCACAUCUGCUCUACCUGCAAGCUCCAAUCCUGUCCCAACCAGUCCCCUGCUAUCAACCCGAAAUCGUCCAGUCGCACCAAAAAGCCCUGGUGCUGGGCCAGGCACUCCUUCUGCUACUGCUACCACGGCCUUCCCCUUCACCUUUGAGCGCGAUUCAACAGGAGUGCAACCUAAUCAGCGCACUCUGGGGCCAUCUGCGCAACUCCUGCCCAACCCUCACCUCGCUGGCCAAAACAAACUGGACUCCGUGGCAGCUCAUUCUCCACAGUUUCAGGCUCAGAAUCAGGCCCUGACUGCACAGGUCGCGGAACUUCAGCGUCAGCUCGCGGCAGCUGAGACUGAACGCCUCCGCUACCAAACAGAACUACAGCAUACUCAAACCGAACGCACAGCUUUAUCGGCUGAAACAGAACGGUUGCGUGCCGAGGUGAUUGACCUUCAAUCGCAGCUCACCGCAGCCAAUACGGCUCGUGAAAAUGCCCAGGCUGCCUUGCAAAACUCGCAGCAGCUGGCGCAAACAGAUGCAGAGAGUCGCGACCACCUUGUGUCCUCGUUGCAAGCACGAGUACAGGCCUUUGACAGUCAGCUGCAAAGCAAGCUUGAAGAACUCUCGGACACUCAUCGUGCCCAGCAAGCUCGGGUCAACAGCGAAUGGGAGCAACGACUGGAGCUCCAAGCAGCGCGCAGUCAGCAGAUGCUUGACGACACUAAAGCCCAUUAUGAGGCAAUGUUGCGCGAAGUUAGGACUGCUCAUGCCACCACAACACAGCAGUUGCGAAACGACCAUCAACACGAGCUGGAGCAAUUGCAUGCAGCUCACCAAAUUGAGCUUCGGGCUUUCCAAAAUGCAAAAGACCAAGCCGGUAUAAUUGCCGAGCUUACGCAGUCGCUGCAAGCCUCAUCGCAGGAGCUGGCAAGCCUCCAGGCCGAGGCUAGCAGUUCACACCAUGAAGAUCUCAAGUACAAGCUUGCUCAGUUGACGACUCGAGAGGAGCUGCGGCAAGACCUGUUACGGCAAAAGGCCGAGCAAGAACUGACGGCCCUGGAGCAGCGGCGUCUGCAGGAGAAUCGAAUCCGCGAACAGCAGGAGUGGCAACAAAAGACUUUGAUGCAGCAAGAGACCAUGCAGCAAGAGCGUCAGCUUCUUGCGGAGAUGCAAGCUGCUGAACGUGCCUCAAUUGACGAAUUGCGUCGUGAAAUGGCUGCAGAUCGUCACAAGCAACUGCAAGAGAUUAAUGAGAUGCGCCGCGAACUUUACCUCGAAAAGGCGCAGCUGAAGCAAGAGAAGCGUGACCUCCUAUUGCGCGAGCGGCUCAAAACAGACAAGGCAAAGAGGCUUGCGCGAGACUUGUUCUUUCGUACAUUUGAGACCCUUCCAAAGGCUUACUCUGCUUGUUCCAUCCCGCCUUCGAUUGCCAUUGUGCCUAGCUGGACUCAACUGGACAAGUACAAGGAGCAUCUCAAGCGCAAGCGCCGGGCCAUGGAGCAGGAGCAACGAGCCUUGCUUCAGGUUGCACGGGAGACGGAAAGCAAGGCCAAGGAGGUGCAGGCUCUGUAUCGCAAGGUGCAAGAGGCCCAACAUCAGGCUGCCGAGCAGCAAGAGGACGCACGUUUGGCAUUGCAGCAAGCUGCACAGCAGCGGGCCUUGCUUGUGGAGCGUGAACAGCGCCUCAAGGAGGCACAAUCUGAGCUGCUUGGCUUGCGUCGUGACGCGAUGCGUUCGCAUGGUGCAGCGGAGGUCGCAACUCCACCCCCAACCGAAUCCGAUCGUGACGGUCCCUUCGGGUAA